CGGUCAUGUGAUCAGCUGUGUCCAAUCACAGCUGAUCACAUGGGACAUGUACACAGAUCAUCAGAGCACUGAUUAUCAGUGUGCCCUGAUGAUCUGUGUAGCCCCAGCAGCGCCACCUGUCAGUGUCCAUCAGUGCCAGCUCUGUGCUUUUCCAUGCCACCUGCCAGUGCCCAUCAGUGCCACAUUUCAGUGCCCAUCAGUGCCACAUAUCAGUGCCCAUCUGAGCUUCCUUUCAGUGCCACCCAUCAGUGCCACCUAUCAGUAAUGCCAAUGCUGCCUAACAGUGCCAUAUAUGAGUGCUGCCUUUCAGUGCCCAUCAGUGAUGCCUGUCAAUGCCCAUCAGUG